AUGUCGACAGCUACCGAGAUCCGAUCCGUCAAUCGGACUCGACAGGCCAUCACAUCUACCACACCAGCAGUGCUACAGACAGAGACUUGGUCUGAACAGGGACAAGGAAAAGAAGGCCACAAGUCCGAGAACCCAACAUCUGAAGACAAGUUCUUCUGGACAUACACUGAAGAACCCCAUCGGACCAGACGUCAAGCCAUCAUUAAAGCUCACAAAGACGUCCUCAAAUUAUGUGGUCCUGAACCCUUGACCAUCUUGACCGUCACUCUGGUUGUGCUGCUACAAGUCACCUGUGCAGCAUUGCUCAAAGACUCGGCUAUUCUGUCCUGGCCCUUCUUUCUCACGGCCUAUUUCGUCGGAGCCACUGCCAACCAAAAUCUCUUUUUAGCCAUCCACGAAAUCAGUCAUAACCUCGCCUUUCGAACCCCUAUCUUCAAUCGUUUCUUCGCCAUCUUCGCCAAUCUCCCCAUCGGCGUCCCUUAUUCAGCGGGCUUCCGCCCUUAUCAUCUUACCCACCAUAAGUCUCUAGGUGUCGAUGGUCUGGAUACAGAUCUCCCCACGGCUCUAGAGGCCGUCUUUUUCGACUCAGUCUUGGGCAAGGCCUUUUUCUGCACCUUCCAGUUGCUGUUCUACGCCAUUCGGCCCAUGCUCGUCUAUUCCAUUCCCUUUGGGCCAAUCCAUUUUUGCAACAUCGCGGCCCAGGUUGUCUUCGACUUCCUGGUGGUCAGGUUCCUGGGAUCAAAAGCUUUGGUGUACCUCAUUCUCAGCUCCUUUCUGGCUGGUUCGCUCCAUCCAUGUGCCGCCCACUUCAUCUCCGAGCAUUAUGUCUUUGCUAAAUCGACCCUCCCGAAUGGAAAAAUGCCAAUGGAUGUACCAAUUCCCGAAACGUAUUCUUACUAUGGCAUUCUGAACAUCCUCACUUACAAUGUGGGCUAUCACAAUGAACAUCACGAUUUUCCCGCCAUCCCAUGGACUAGACUUCCUCAGGUUUACGAGAUAGCUCGCGAGUUCUAUGAACCCCUACCAAGUCACAAGAGCUGGCCACUGGUUCUGUGGCAGUUCAUCACCGAUAAAGAGGUAGGCUUGUGGUGUCGAGUGAAGAGAGCAGAGGGUGGUCGAAUGGUUGGUGGCUGGCAAGACGGUGAGAUCCAGAAUUGA